UAAAUCGGAAAAGAUUGCAAUAUUUCAUAAAACUGAUGUAAGUAAAUGGAAGGAAUUGAUCAGCUUAUUCGACAAAACUAAAGAAACUUUCGGAAAAAUUGAUGUAGGUUUAGAUAAAAUUGUGAUUAAUAACGCUGGUAUUGUUGGACAACUAUAUGGAAUGCUGGAUGAUUCAUUAGAAGAACCUGAUUUUGCAAGAAUUUUAAAUGUUGACCUUUUGGGUGUAACUUAUGGAACUAAACUUGCAUUUCAAUAUAUGAAACAAAACGACCCACAAGGAGGUGUUGUAAUUAACACUUCUUCUGUUGCAGCAUUUCAUCCAACAUUUAAUGUUGCGGUUUAUGCAGCCGCAAAAGCUGGUGUUGUUAAUCUAACUAGAUCAAUGGCACAAAUUAGUCAAUUAUUCGGUAUUACUGUUAAUGCUGUAUGUCCAAGUGUUACUGAAUCGGGAUUGACAUCUCAUUCAAUUGGUAUACUUCCUGAGAAUUGGUGGUCAUCCGUUAAUUUUGUUGUUGACGCAUGUUUUAAAUGUAUUUAUGAUCCAAAAACAAAUGGAACUAUUUUUACGGUUUGGUAUGAAGGAAUAAAAGAAGAGAGUUUUGAGAAUUAUCAUCCUGUAUUUCAAGCAAUGUUACAAGGACAACGUCAAA